AUGGGCCAUUCUCUGCGAGAUCAUGCGUCCUUUGCGCGCCCAUCAACCCGGGAUCGGCCUACGACACGCGGCGAAGGGGAAAAUUCGCUGGUCGUUCCUAGCCGCACGUCGUCGUUGCACUCGCGCAUCACCCAACCGAUACCGUCUACUCUCAAUCCCAAGUCCGUCCAGCGAACACCAAAAACACUCACACAUGCCUACAUGGUAUGUGGUGUCGGGCGCGAACCCUCACAAUGGGUGAAGGCGCCCGCUCCCGAACAGGGUAAGAUUGGUCACAUGAAGGGUGCCGUGGGUCAAUUUUGGCUCCCGGAGAUUUUGGGCAGUAGCCCUCGACUAGAGCAGGAUAACGAGAUCGCACGAGCCCUGCACUCGGCUAUGCGUGCAUGUUUCCCCCACGAUGUGGAGAUUUGCACCGGCAAGAGCCAGCCUCAUUGUGCUCACCAUGCCUUCGUUUUGCAGCAGGACUCUUCUCACACUCUGUACGGUAUCGCGCUGCGCGUCUGGUCCCGCGCCGAUGAGAAGCGUGCGGAGACCAUUCGCGAGCUGCGCAAGAAGACGGAGCCGGACUUCUACGACAAUCCCGAUGAGACCUACUGGAUCCCGUACUGCUUGAGUUUCCUCUCACGGUAUCCCCUCUACGACCUGCUGGGUGAUUACCUUCGAGGCAUGUGGAUCCACUGGAACAAGGCCACCAACCUCUUCCACGCAGAGGAGGUUUCCCGCAUCCUCAGCUUCCCGGCUCCCCGUCUCAACGACCUGGUUCGCAUUGACAUGAAGGAUUAUGCUUUGUGCUACCAGUUCCCAUCUUCGCCCACUGGGUUCCAGAACUUCGCCAUGUGGCCCCUAUUUACAUGUCUGUCAAUCCCUAACAUUGUCGGUGUGAUUGAGGCUGCCGUCUCGCCCACCCGCCGUAUCAUUUUCGUCAGCCACUACCCCGCGAUGUUGACUGUCGCGGCCGAGACCAUUCGCUACUGCGUCCGCGUCUACGAGUGGAGUGGUCUGUACGUGCCUGUGGUGCACGCCCGCCACGUCAAGGAGCUGGUCCAGGAGCCCGGUCCCUACAUUUUGGGUAUUACUGCGGAAUGCCGCACUCUGUUCAACGCUCCGUCUGAUGCUCUUGUGAUCGACCUGGACCGCAACUUUGUCCUCACUUCCAGCCCGCCGAGUGUGCUGAGCCAGGGCCAACGCACCAAGUUCAUCACCCGCAUGACUCAAUCCUUGAAUGGCGAUGUCUCACCCUCUGGCGUGCCUGCUCACUUGCGCACCGCGUACGCUGGUGGCAAACUCAUCCCCGCUGGCCAGAUCAUUGUUAUGAGAGGAGAGGUUGAAAGCAUUGAGGAGCCCCAAUGGUGGAACCAGGAUGCCGUCAUGGCCGUCAUGGACCAUGUGUGCGAGAAGCUGGGCCGCAACACCGGUAUGAAAGCCAUCUUCGGUGGCUCCGUCAAGAAGCCCCUCAUGACCAAGGUUUCCAUGCGUCACCUCAACGAAAUAGUCCGCGAGCGCAACCAGUACUCUCGGGAUGCUAUGGAGGCUUGGCAAGACUUCAUCAACCUCAAGGGCAGAAUGGACACCGAGCUCAGCAAGGUCACCAAGCGCAACAACUUCCUGGUGGAAGAGCUCGAGACCUGGAAGCAGCAGUUCCUCAAGUUCCAGGCGUUUGCUGAACAGCUCACCAAGGAAACUGCGGAGCUCAAGGUCAAGAUUGAGAACCACAAGCGCGAGAACCGUCGUCUCACUGGUCUCAUUGAUCAGCAGAAGGAUGACGUGGCUCGUCUUACUCUCCGUCUAUCUGGCACUGAGAAGCAGCGUGACGAUGCUCUCGAGGCUCUCGUUCUCCAGCAGGAAAUUGCCGAGGAGCUCGAGCGUGAGCGCAAGCGCAACCAGAAAGAGAUCUCCGCCCUCUCUCAUACCAAUGCCACCCUCAGUCGCGAGCGCGAGGAUGCCCAACGCGUGGUCAUGCACCUGCGCAGCCUCAUUAAUGGCCAGAGUCACCACAUGGAGCACAUCGUCCGGUCCAUUGGCAGUCGGUCAGACAUUAAUGAAAUUGUCGAGCAGGGCUUCGAAGACGCUCCCGAGGAGUCCAAGGGGGAGGUUUCAGUCGCCGAGGCGAAGGAGUUCAUCAAGUCGGUUAAGGAGAUCAAUGGUCACAAGACUCUGGUAAAUGACAUGAGCCCCGAGCUGGAGCAGCAUUUGCUGAACAUCGGCAAGGAUCACAAGACCCUUGCGCGUCUCAGCAUCACAGAUGUCGCGGAUCGCUACCUACGCGACAAGACCGAUGCAAUUGCAGACAUCAUCCGCAGCAUCAGCGAACAGUGCGCUGCCGCUGUCGAAGGCCUGCACUUGGCCCAGGAUGCCGCCGACGAGGAAGAAGAGCUCUCAAAGCUCCACCGCAAUGAGCGUCUUGGCUCCGAGUACGGUACCAUUGAGGGGCGCUCUACCCGCGCCGCUAGCGAGAUUAGCGACGCCGACAACACCUCCCUCCACCCGGAUAACCGCCACUCCAGCAUCCCACCGACCCCUGAUCUGGUCCACAACCGCUCCAGCACAUCCAUGUCCAUGAUCAGCAGCUCGACUUUCCCCGAGCGGUCAAGUCAGCAAUACGGGCCCGGCGAUAUCCCGACUCGGAUUGUCGAGGAUGAUGAUGAGCACGCUCAUGAGACUGAGAACGUCGACGAUCAGCAGACUGAGAGGGGCACUCUCUCCAAGCAGGCUAGCGAGGACCUCAUGCGGCCCACCACCGCACGGGUGAUCUCGUGA